AUGCAUCAUUGCUUGAAUAAUGGAGAAAAUGGUGCAAACCGAAUUUGGGUUUUUGCAAAGGACCAUGUGAAUGUGGAUGUGCUGGAGAGUCACUCUCAAUUUCUUACUUUGUCGUGCGCAUUCUCGGGAUCCAGUAACAGCAUGUUUUUUGCGACUGUCCAUGCCUCUUGCUCUAUUAUUGGAAGGAAUUUUUUGUGGAAAAGUCUUGGUCUGUUGGCUGCUAAUGUUUCUUCCCCAUGGGCUCUGUGUGGUGAUUUCAACGUCGUACUAUCCCCCACGGAGAAAAUUGACGGCAGACCUCCAUGCGUUGCUUCUGUGGAGGAUUUCAAUGAGUUUGUGAUUAGAGCUGCUUUGUUUGAUGCAGGGUUUGAGGGCAAUUCUUUUACCUGGUCCAACGGCCAAGUUGGCGAAAAUUUAGUCCGAGCGAGACUUGACAGAGUUCUGUGCAAUCUUCCUUGGAAUUCUUCUGUUCACCACUUGACUAAAUCCUAUUUUGAUCAUGCUCCGAUUUGGAUCCCCGUUGACAAUUUUAUUCUUGAAAUUAAAGAAUCUUCGUGUCUAGCACUCUGGCUCAAAGACUGGAAUAGGGAGGUGUUUGGAAAUAUUCACCAAAAUGUUAAAACUGCUGAAGAUAAUGUGGCCAAGGCGGAGGAAGGGGAGAGACAUACCAGAUUUUUCCAUGUUGUGGUUAAUAUGAAACGGAAAAAGGGUGGAAUUGGUAAAAUAAAAAAUGCCCAGGGAGAGUGGCUCCUGGACAGAGAAGGUGUUAAUGGGGAAGCUAUCAAACAUUUCAGUGACAUUUUUUCCUCCGAUCCUACCUUUCCUGAUGCAGACUUGUUGGAUGCUAUUCCUUCUAUAAUCACUUCUGAAGAUAAUGAUAUGCUUACUGUGAGUCUGUCACCCCGACAUUCGAGGAGGCUAAAGAUGCGGUUUUCUCCCUUUCAAAGGAAAGUGCGAAGGAUCCCGAUGGACUCACCGGCCAAUUUUUUACAGCUUGCUGGGACAUUGUUGGAGCGGAUGUUUGGGCAGCAGUGA